UCUGUUCAUUUUGGUUUGGCACCACAUUCUGUUCAUUUUGGGUUGAUACCACAUUCUGUUCAUUUUGGGUUAGCACCACAUUCUGUUCAUUUUGGGUUGGCACCACAUUCUGUUCAUUUUGGGUUGGCAUCACAUUCUGUUCAUUUUGGGUUAGCACCACAUUCUGUUCAUUUUGGUUUGGCACUACCUUCUGUUCAAUUUGGUUUGGCACCACAUUCUGUUCAUUUUGGGUUGGCACCACAUUCUGUUCACUUUGGUCCGGCACCACAUUCUGUUCACAUUGGCUUGGUACCACCGACUGCUCAUUUUCAUCAGCUACAUGUGGCUUGA